AUGGGAGAAAUGGAACAGAUGAAGCAGGAGGCUGAGCAGCUGAAGAAGCAGAUUGCGGAUGCCCGGAAAGCUUGUGCAGACACAACACUUGCUCAGAUUGUGUCUGGAAUGGAGGUUGUCGGCCGCAUUCAGAUGCGGACCCGAAGGACUCUGCGUGGGCACUUGGCCAAGAUCUACGCCAUGCACUGGUCAACAGACUCCAAACUACUGGUCAGUGCCUCACAAGAUGGGAAACUGAUUGUGUGGGACACAUACACAACUAACAAGGUUCACGCCAUCCCUUUGCGUUCCUCCUGGGUCAUGACCUGUGCCUAUGCACCCUCAGGUAAUUUUGUGGCCUGCGGGGGCCUUGACAACAUGUGCUCCAUCUACAACCUCAAGACGCGUGAAGGCAAUGUCAAAGUGAGCAGGGAACUCUCAGCUCAUACAGGUUACCUCUCCUGCUGCCGGUUUCUUGAUGACAACAAUAUUGUGACUAGCUCUGGAGAUACCACGUGUGCACUCUGGGACAUUGAGACAGGGCAGCAGAAGACCGUUUUCCUGGGUCACACUGGAGACUGUAUGAGCUUGGCAGUUUCCCCAGACUUCAAACUGUUCAUCUCUGGAGCCUGUGAUGCCACUGCCAAACUGUGGGACGUGCGGGAGGGUACCUGCCGCCAGACAUUCUCAGGGCAUGAGUCUGACAUCAAUGCCAUCUGCUUCUUCCCUAAUGGCGAAGCCAUCUGCACUGGCUCAGAUGAUGCCACCUGCCGCCUCUUUGACCUCCGGGCAGACCAGGAGCUCAUAGUGUACUCUCACGAAAGCAUCAUCUGCGGAAUCACAUCAGUCGCCUUCUCCCGCAGCGGGCGCCUCUUGCUUGCUGGAUAUGAUGACUUCAAUUGCAACAUCUGGGACUCCCUGAAAGCAGAACGUGUGGGAAUCCUUUCUGGCCACGACAACAGAGUGAGCUGCUUGGGCGUUACAGCAGAUGGCAUGGCUGUUGCCACUGGCUCCUGGGACAGCUUCCUCAAGAUUUGGAACUAA